UGGUGAAAUGAAACAUGAAAUGAACAGUAAAAAUGCAUCGCGUGACUGCUUUUUAAACUUCCCGAUAAAAUUUCCAAAAACGUCAUGAUGUUUAAAGUUUAAAUUUUAUUUGUUAUAAGAUGAUAAAGGUAUGUACAUGACAGCAGUUUUGUUUGGAUACUAUAAUUUUCCAGAUGCGGUUUGAUAAACACAUUUAAAGUAUACAAGCAGCGAAAAGUAUACAGCUAUGCGCAAAAAAGUGUCUCUCGGAAGAUCUGGAAUAAAUGCUUAUGUGUUGAAAGGAGAUCUGAAAUUAGAAAAGUCCGAUGUAAUAGUUUGUGCAGCCAGUCCUAGCCUUGACCUUUCUAAAGGAAGGGUAGCACGUGACCUACUGCAGGCGGCAGGAAACCAGGUACAACUUGACUGCAAUGGUAGUUACCCGGAUGGCCUGCAAGGAGAUGAAGUGGCCGUUGUGGAUUCUGGAAAUCUUCCCUGUCAGAAACUGUUCUUUGUUGCUCUUCGUCCUUGGGGGAGAGGAAAUUCUCUACAGGAAUUAGAGUCUUUACUAAGUAAAUGUUUAGAAUCUGCAAAUGAUACUGGAUUUCACUCAAUAGCAUUCCCAGCACUUGGUACCGGCUUACUCAAGUACCCAGCAGAUAAGGUGGCAUACACAACACUUCAGUGCAUCGAGGAUUUCAGCAAUGGAAACAGCUCUACAUCGCUGCAAUAUGUCAACAUUAUAAUAUACCAUAGAGAUCACCACAUAUAUUCUGCAUUCGUGAGAGAAGCAAGGGCACGUGCUGUCAGCAACGAUAAUGGAACAGCUCAUUCAUUGUCACUGAGAAACCCUAUGAUUCAGUGCCGAACUCCAAGCUACUGGUCGUCGCAAGGGACAGGCUCAGGUAGAGUGGUCCGCGUCGCUGUCGACAGGAAAACUUUUAACGACGUUCAAGCAAUAGUAACAUCAACCUGGUUAAGCCAGUUUGUCGGACAUGGCCGGGACGGGGUCGGACUUACCAAUUACAGCACGAUCAAAGUGAUUAAAGUUGAAAGAAUUGAGAACGGGCAGUUGUUCAGUCAUUAUGCAAGGAGAAGACAAGUGUUGAGAAGGAAGGCAAGAAGAUCACAUGCUCCGUUUGAAGUUCUAGAGAAUAUUCCAGGAUCAGGUGGAGAUGGUAUCAUGACAACCGAUAACGUGGAAGAUGGGUCAGUGUUAUCAGCUGAGAUAUGUCGGGAUAUAAAUGAAACAUACUUGUUUCACGGAACAACAAUGGACAAAGUUGGGUCUAUAGCUGAGAAGGGUCUGAGACUUGGAAGUGAUACUUCAAUGUUUGGUAAGGGCGUGUACGCCGCCGAGAGCUCAACAAAAGCAGAUCAGUACGCAGAUCCAAAGCAAAAAAGAGACUUCAAGGGCGAGAAGCAGAUGUUCCUGAUACGAGCGUGUCUAGGAAGAAUUUAUCUGGCAAAGGCAGCUAGAAAGUUUGUUGGAAUGCCUUGCGUAGAUGGGUGUGAAGAUAACUGUUCCUGUGGAGGAAGAAACCAAUGUGAUUCUGUUGUUGCUAAUGGUUACUGGAAUUUCCGGGAAUUUGUUGUAUUUGACAGUUCACAAGUCUAUCCAGAGUAUCUUAUUACAUAUCAAAGAAUUUAAACAAAAAAAAAAACACAUGAAAUGAAGUAUUAAAACGGCAUCGAAUUUAAAAGUGCGCAAAAGGUCUUCAGGAGCGGCAAUAGUAAAGUUUUAAAUUUUACGG